CGCCCGAAUUAACUUCUUCCUCGCUCAAACAAACGUUUAUUGUGUUGUAAUUAAAAGUUUGGUAGCUGCUUGUUUACCGGAAACUUGAGUAGGAGUGAAAAAAUGUUGUGGCUUAUGUUUGCCGUGUAGGUCGAAAUCACAUUUAGUCUUGAUAUUUACAAUUUUAUGAUGGAUCGUUCCGUGUUUUUUCUUGGAAUUAUUAUAUAUUUGUUUAACGGUGUUAGCUUUGCCAUUGGUCGAAGCGGGUAUCUGCUAACAUUGCCUCAGGAACUCCAAAUCGGGGCAAAUGAACGUUUCUGCCUUAGUUUGUACAACGUCUCAUUUGACGUCGACAUCACUGUCAAUAUAACAUGUUACGGAAGAGACGUCAGACAUCAGCCACCGGCGUUUAAGCAAGGACAAGGUGGAUGUUUUAUGUGGCGUAUUCCGGAGUCCCUUGCGGCCGGAAAAUGCGACUUCCGUAUGAUUGGCGGAGGCGGGUCUUGGGAGAUAGAUGACACGAGACCAGUGGACGUGGUUGACACGCACCAGAUCACGUACAUACAGACAGACAAACCCCUCUACAAACCCGGGGACAAAGUUCGAAUUCGUGUUCUCACAGUAACUCAGGAUUUGCUUCCUAUUCAGGAUAAGGUGGAACAUGUUACGGUCAUUGAUCCUAAUGGAAUAUAUAUGAAGCAAUGGACCAGGAUUCCCGUACAGAAUGGUUUGCUGAAUUUAGAAUAUCGGCUUUAUGCUGAACCCUUACUCGGUAAUUGGUCAAUUGAAGCACGUGUAAAUGGCCGUACCACUGUUCAAAAUUUCAUCAUUAAGAAAUACGUUUUGCCGAGGUUCCAGGUUGAUGCUACACUACCGGACGGUCUGACAGUUGACACAAAGUCUAUCGACAUUAACAUAUGCGCCAAGUACACGUUUGGAAAGGUUGUCGAGGGAACAGUUAAUGCGUCCGUCUGCCUGCAAAACCAGGAGACAAACUGGUACUGUUUGGAGCAGCAAAGGCCUUGUGUUAACUUCUAUGUGCAAUUGCGGGGCUGCCACCAGUUCAACGUGGAAACGUCCCGUCUGAACCUGACGGAUCGUACCUUCUCCCUUCUGUGCAGGCCACGCCUACACCUGGAUGUUAACGUCACUGAAAAACAUACAGGUGUGACUGUCCAUGACGUGUUUGAGGGUCCCGGUGUUUGGGAGGAGCGGGUCAAGAUGCAGAUUCUCUCCGACAAGCACUUUCGGCCCUUCUUUCCCUACGUUGGCAAGGUUCAUGUGUGGAAGCCAGAUGGUUCCCCAUCAAUUGGGGAGCGGAUAGAGGUCGCUGUCAAUGAGCUGGGUAUCAGCGUCAACUUGGUGACAGACACUUCCGGACAUGCGCAUUUCACAAUACAAAAUUUGACGCAGGCUACACCGUAUUUCGUAAUAAAUGCCAGAUCUCUUGACAAAGAGUACACAGACAACAAGAUUUACACGAUAUACCCGGCCAAGGCAAGACGUCACGUAAAGCAGUGGUUUUCGCGAUCGUUGUCGUACGUACAGCUGUAUACCUCAUACCGUGAACGACGUCACUGUGGCGACAACGUACACGUGCAUGUGACGUAUUCACUGCGACCGGAAGCCAGUAUUGCAUCUGCGUACUACCAGCUCAUCUCAAAAGGCAAUAUCCUUCAAUUAGAAGACAUCACAUCUAAUCUGACCCUUAGUAGAACAUUCAGACCAAGGACCAACGGAGUCCUCCUUACAGCUUCUGUCGGAGCAGGGACACAAGAAGAUAUUGAUUUCUUUCCUGAUGACAACUACGGCGUGGCUGGGCCGCCUGUAAGUGAGGGCAAAUCGUAUUUAGCCGGCCCUCCCGGGUCUGAGGGAGCUAAAAUAGGGCCUCCAGGGAGACCGGGGUCAGAGGGGCGUGGUACAGGUGCUCCUAUACCACCUUUUCAAAAUUUAGAGUUGGAUGACAAAAAGGAGAGUAUUAGUACUCAAAUCGAAGAAGACACAUCGAAACCUGCUGAAGAAUUCAUAGACCUUUCACCACCAGCACUCCAAGAGUUCACAAUAAGUCAAGUGCUUACAAGGACAAUGACCCCGAAAUUACGAAUCCUUGUCUACAUGGCGACUUUGGAUGGGGAAAUCGUGGCUGACUCGAUCGACCUUGAUAUCAUGCAAUGCCAUUCAAAUAAGGUGCAGAUGUCAUUGGACCGCAGCAGCGCCCGACCAGGGGAGAAUGUCAAGGUGACGAUGGUGGCCGCCGCUGACUCACUGUGUGCUGCUACCAUGGCGGAUCGGGCUGUAUACAUUGCGGGCGGCCUAAACAUCCUUAGAGAAGAGCACGUGAACAAACGUCUUGAGGAGUAUGACGCCACUUCCGAUUUCAUCAACGACUGGAAGUACUGUUCUGAUGCAUCUAUUUUGCCGCCGGAAUUCGCAGAUCAAUAUGCUGCUCCACCGUUUCCACCCGGAGCGCCCGGCUCAGACUGGUUCCAGUUUUCUCAGGAUGCCCCCAAACGCAAAAAACGAAAUAUCAUGCAGUACUACAGCAAUAUGUACGACUCCCUGCUAGCCUUUAAGAGGGCGGGAAUGGCGGUACUGACAGACCUUGACCUUCUGACCCGGCCCUGCUUGCACACCGGGGACGCCCUUGGCCCUCCUCACUUUCCAGGAGACCCCAGGGGACCUAUUCCGGCAGAAGGUGGCAGCAUACAUGCGCUUGACCUACCACAAGAGCCGUACGAUACGCAGGCGCCGGUUUCAAAUCUAAGAAGGCAUUUCCCUGAGACAUGGCUGUGGGAACUUUAUGAAAUACCAGCAAACGGUAACGUAACCUUCACUGAGAGGAUGCCAGACACAAUCACAGAGUGGGUGGGGAACACUGUCUGUCUACACGAGAGCGCAGGGCUCGGGAUAUCUGACGUCGCUUCCGUCACAGGAUACCAGCCGUUCUUUGUUGACGUCAAACUGCCGUACUCUGCUGUUAGAGGAGAACUGCUCACCGUCGACGUCAGCGUGUUUAAUUAUUUGCCUCACUGCGUCGCUGUACAAGUGGAUAUCAUCGAGGGGGCGUGGUUUAUCUUGGAGCCGCAUGAAGACAACCAGUUUUGCAUCUGCUCGAAUGCUGCCCAGGCGUACACCUUUAAGAUACGACCUCAUACGCUAGGCCGGAAUUCUAUCACUGUUUCUGCGUUUCUGCGAGAACACCGAGUAAGCUGUCAUAGUACUCAGUCACCUCCUGGCUUUUCAAAUAAACGCGCUACAGAACUUCUCGUCCGAGAUAUCCUUGUGCAGGCUGAAGGUUUUGAGGAGGAGAAGACACUUUCCAAGUUCAUAUGUCCACAAGAUUCUACUGAUGGCGUAUAUAGCGAGGUCUUACAGCCAGAUAUACCAGACACCGACUACAUAGUGCCGGGAUCUCUCAGGGGAUGGGUCAAUAUCGUAGGCGACAUACUUGGUCCCGUCCUGGGUGGGUUAGAGGACAUAGUUCAGUUGCCAACGGGGUGUGGAGAACAGAAUUUGAUUCGUCUUGCUCCCAACAUAGCCGUCCUUCGUUACCUGACGGCUACCGGACAGAUUACCAACGACAUUGAGCUGAAAACCAUUAGUCAUUUAGAGAAAGGAUAUCAGCAGCAGCUUCAAUUCUUGCAUACGGAUGGCUCCUACAGCGCGUUUGGGUCGGCAGACGACAAGGGAUCAACGUGGCUGACAGCUUUCGUCUUUAAGACGCUUGCGCACGCCCAGGAGUUCAUUUAUAUCGACCGGAAAAAUAUCCAGACGAAAUCUUGGGAAUUCUUAUUAAACAAGCAAGGGGAAGAUGGGUGUUUCUAUGAACGGGGAAAGGUAUUGAGUAAAUACAUGAUGGGUGGGGUAGGUGCAAGUCAGGAAGACCACAAGCGCGCACUAACUGCGUACGUGCUAACCGCCAUGUUGGAAUCAUUCCAGAUGAUGCGCGAAAGAACCCCUCCUUUCGUGGCGUUGGCGGUGCGGUGUAUCCAGGUUGAAGAUCUGACAGACACGUACACACACGCUCUGGUAGCGUACGCAAUGGCUCUGUACAAGCCUACGAGUAGAUUUACCUCAAUUAUCAUCGACAAUCUCCGUGAGAAAGCCAUUGUAAGAGGCGAUACAAUGCACUGGCGUCGAGAAAAACACCCAGAUAUCCUGUCUGGACAGGGCCGCGCCGCCUCGGCGGAAGUUGAGAUAACAGCUUACGCCCUACUUGCUAUUCUCAGUCAAGACAAGAAUGCUGCUGUUGGAGAAAUCAUUCCAAUUGUGCGCUGGCUGACUAGUCAGAGGAACUCCUAUGGAGGGUUUGCAUCAACACAGGACACAGUUGUUGCGUUACAAGCACUUGCCCUAUUCAGCAGGCGUGUAUACGGCGAUGGGAUUGAUGUCAAGGUCAGCCUGACAGAUGAAAACAGCGCUAGUCUGGACUUCCACGUGCUGCAUAGUAACAGAAUAAUACUUCAACGACGUGAUUUGCCCAACCCGGGCUCUCAACUUACAUUGAAUGCAAAAGGAGAGGGCUGUAUAUUGUUUCAGUGGACUUCGAGAUACAACGUUGAAAAUAAGGUCUUGCCGGAUGAUGUUUUCAAUGUGUCAGUGACCACACCGGUCACAAAGUCAAUUUUCCAAAAGGAGUGUAAGGGAAGAACAAUUCAUAUAUGUGCUAGUUAUCACGGCAAAGACUACUUGAGCAAUAUGGUGAUAGUCGAAGUGAGAAUACCAACCGGCUGGCGAUGUGACAUGGAAACCUUACAGCAGUACUCGAACCAGGUUAAACUUGGUUUAAAGAAAUACGAAGUGAACAAAGAGUUUGAUAACGUCAUCAACUUCUACUUUGAGGAGAUGGAUAAAACAGACAGAUGUUUUGACAUCCAAGUUUAUCAAGAAACUGUUACAGAGGACAACAAAGCUGCCGUUGUUAGGGUGAUAGACUACUACGAAUCAGGUCAGCAAACUGCGAUGUUCUACAAGAUGUCUGAAUGUACUGAAGAAAAUGUAAAAGAUAUUGAUGUUAAUAUUGAUACUGAAAAAGGAGAAUCGGAUGACAGCGAUAUAUUCUUCAAUGGCGAUCGGAUAAAUGCUGUUUUAGAUCAAGCAUCCAACCCGGUUGACAACGAUGGUGAUGGUGCGGCCGCUCCUCCAACCAGCAAAAGCACGUGCCCAAGCUGCCACGUGUCUGGAAUUGUAAAUAUUCUCAGUGAUAUCUGCACGAGGCAAGUUUGGCUACUUGAACCAAAUGGCGGUAAUUUCAUGCUGCGGAUAAUAGCUGGUGAUGGCGUCAGCCCUCCCCUCGAGAUUUUAUUGCCGAAUUCAGUACAAUUUUGUACCGAUUGUCAACCUUUUGUUCGGGAUCAAGGAAUGAAAAGUAUUAUGCUAGUUAAUCCCUACGAUUGGUCAGACCUUGGCGCUAACAUCAUGCAAUCAUCGACAAAGAUUAUUCCAUGGUCGGAAUCGUUGGAAGCUGCACUUCUUGGCAUUCUAAAACAAUGUGUCAAACACUAGUUCAUUCGGCAAAUAUAAAUAGGAUUGUUAGUGUAAUAUUUUCUUUUUGCUCUAUAAUGUAAACUUUCGCAAAGAACUGUGUGUUAAGCGCAAGUCGUGCACAUGUAAAUCGAAAAAUGAAGGUGUUGCUAAUAAAUGGUCAGGUGCAAAAGGUGAAUGGUUCCUUAAUAUCAAUUUCAUUUACAACAUGUGCAUCGCUUUUGUAUAUUUCAAUAAAGAAGUCACUGUG